GUUUCUUUGGUCUAUAUUUCCCAUGGAGCCUUGCAGAACGCAGGACUACGUUGGCUCGGAGGAGUCAGUUGGCGGGAAACGAUGGCCGCGGGUGUUACAGAGCAGCAAGAUAUGCAAGGGUUUGUCAAGGGUCUUUUCCAAGGAAGCCCUGAUCUCAGCAUCCUCACCCAUGCCAUAGUCCGGAAGAAAUAUCUUGCCCGCAUUGGGCAGGAGAGUCUGACUAAAGAGGAGAAGGAGCAACUCAAACAGCUGGUGGAGGAAGAGCUGGUCCAGAUGCAGGUUGACUAUUCCCCAAGUGGUGUUGAGUUAGUGACAGAUGUUCAGGCUUCUAUCAAAUCUGGGAACAAGAAGAGAUCCCGUUGCAGCUCUGACACCUCUGAUGAUGAUGUCAAAAUCCAACAGCUCAAGAAGCAACGAACUGGAAAGCAACUGGAAGUCAGCUCUGAUGAAGAGGAUUCUGGAAUUGAUUCUAAGAAGAUACCGCUCUGUGGUGGCCCAGAGCAUUCUGGGAUUGGGAAAUUCUCAUGCUCCUCUGACCAAGGAGACUCCGGAGCAGAAGGUCACACGGAUGGUUCUGAGAGCGAUGGGCAAAGUGCAAAGAACAAAAGGAAGACACCAGUCCCCAAGGCAAGCAGAGAGAGGGGGAAAGGCAGAAAAUCAACCAAGGGGCAGUGGAGUAGGAGACAGAGACACAGAUCACGGAGUGAGUCAGAGGAGACAACAGAAGGGCAACAGAGUGAUCUUGAAGAGAUCCGAGAACACAGGAAGGCAACAAAAGGCCAAAGAACAGAGUCGGAGAAUGACUCUGAGCAGGAGCUGAGCAACUAUGAGCUUCAGGAAAAGAAAGGGUUUGGCAAAGAAUGGAAACGAACUGAUACAGCAGGUAAAGGAAAGACCAGAAAGAUGGAAGAGCAGAGGAGAGAAAAGGAGGAUGAGUCGGGAGAGGAAACUGAGCUGUGCAAGGUGGGAAAAAUACUUGGGAGGGGAGGAGUUGACUGGAGUGAGAGUGAAGAGGAGGAGAAGGGCAGUGGUGGCGGCCACCGCAAAAAGGCUCAAACCAGGCCAAGACAAAGAACUCUGAAGGCUCCAGAGGGAAGUGAGACUGAGGAUGAAUCAGGGAGUGAUUCAGAGGAUAAGAAGCCCAGCAUGCAAAAAAAGAUGACAAAUAGGAAAGGUGUGAGUGUAGAGGGACUGGGGAGAAAUUCAGACAACACUGGGGGCAAAGGCCAGGUGAAGAAGGAAAGGAACAAAGCAGUUAGAAGGAGGGCAAGCGAAGAGAAGUGGAGCUGUCAGUCGGAGACUAAUUUGGAAGACAAGGAGUUUAAACAAGGAAGAAUGAAAAAGACACAGAAGGGGAACCUGACCAAGAAGGAACUGGAGGAGAAGAAGCAGGGAACGCACAAGCUCAAGAGAAGACGCAUGAGCAGCGAAGAAUCGGAAACUGAGACAGAGGAGCAUAAGGGACUGAAGCAAAAAGGUAAAAAGAGUAGGAAGCCCAGUAGUAGUGAAGGUGAAUCGCAGAGUGAGGCAGAGGGGAUGGAAAAGGGUGGACGCAAAUCCAGUGCCAGAUCGGAGGAUGGAUCAGAAGAGUGUGACAGUAGGAAUCGGGGAAAGAAAAGAGCGCUUAAGAAGAAGAGCAAGGAUGUGUCUGAGAGUGGAUCUAGCCAAGAGGAAGAGAAGCUGAAAAAGAAAGGGGGAGGGAAGUCCUGGGGAAAGAAUGUCAGUGAAAUGGAACUGGAGAUGGAUUCCGAGGGCUCUGGGAGUGAACAGGUGGGAAGGAACAAAAGUGAAGGCCUGCAGAAGACAGGGACACAGAAACCCAGAAGGAAAAGUAAGAGCAAGGAAGAAUCGGGGAAUGAAUCGGUUAAGGGAGAAGAAUGUUCAAGCUCCGGUGAUGAAGAUCACCCCAGUUCUUCCAAACAGCAGCAUCAAGGAAAGGACAAAGAGCACCAUUCUGGGAAGAACGAGGAGCAUCCUUCAAUCCGACGCCUGAAGCGCUAUAUCCGAGAAUGUGGCGUGCACAGGAAUUACAAGAAACUACUUGUGGGUUGCCGCUCCCGCAAAGCUCAGGUGGAAGUGCUCAAACAAGAGCUGGAAAACCUCGGCCUGAAAGGGACACCAUCUCUAGCCAAGUGCAAAGCCCUGAAGCAGAAGCGUGAAGAAGCAGCUGAGGUGGCUUCACUUGAUCUCAGCAACAUUAUCACCACAGAAGGCCGCCCAAGGCGUCGAAAUGUCUGGAGUCUCUACAGCAAGCCUGAGGAGCCUCCCAGCUCCCCGGAGAAGUCACCCAUCCACCGCCCUAUUAGAGAUUGGUCCCGUCUUCGAGGGGUCAUCAGUUCAGAUGGGGACAGCAAUUGACUCUGGAACUUGAGGGAGGCUAGGCAUUUAUGAGGUUUCAUUUCCCUAGUUUUGAGGGGAAAUGCGAGUUGGACUGGUCUGACAACCAGGAAGGGGCGUCAGCCAGUCCUCCCCCUGCAACUCAAUAUGCAAGAAGAUGAAGAAAAGAUAUAUUUAAAAGAUAUAUAAUUUUUGUUGCUGUUUCCCCAUAUCGGAGAGGGGAGAAUGCAAACGCUUCUGAGGGCAAAGGUUUGUCCCUUCCUGAAAAUAUAUCUACUCCUCGUGGAGAUGGGCAGAAAGGGAGUGUUCCUUCAUGUACUCCAAUGAUGCUUGUAUUUUUGUCACCUUCCCCUAGAAUACUCUUCUGUCCAAGAGUGAACAUUCAUUCAUAAACAAGAAUGCUUGCAAGUAUGUAUUGGAAGAAGGUACGGGAUGUCAUUUAACACAUAUUCUGGUAUCCUGACUCUUUCCAUAUUCUGCGCCAUUCCCCCCACCACCACCUUUUUUCCGUUGGCACAUCCUAAAGGAGAAUGAAUCUAAUUCUACAAUAGAUGACACUGAGUUGGAAAGGGACAGCUGUGCCUUUGUAACGUGGACCACAUUGAACAUUUGUUGUAAAUGUUUUGUGUUCUGGAUUUGUAAUGGCUGAAAUGUCAAUGUUUUAUAUUUGUUAAUAAAAA